AGGAGAUUAUUACUGAGGGUGGUUAUUGUUACUGAGUGCGGGGAUAGCAAAUUAAGAGUGUAGGGAGGGAGCAUUAUUUCUGAGACAAAAGGGUGAUUAUUAGGGGGCGAGGGGGAUUGUUGCUAAGGGGAUUAUACUGGGGAAAGGAGGAUUAUUACGCGGGGAGAUGGGGAUUAUUACAUGAGGGGAGAGAGGACUUAAUUACUGAGAUGAAAGGGAGAUUUUUACUGAAUGGGAGUAAAUGGGGAUUAUUAUUGAGGGUGGUGGAUUAUUACUGAGGGGAGAGAGAGGGUAAUUACUGAGCAGGAAAGGGGAAAUAUAUAUACUGAGGAGAUGGGGAAUUUUUUUUCCGUGGGGGUUUAUUAUUGGUGGAUUAUUAUUGAGGUGAUGGUGAAUUAUUACUGAGGGGGAACUGCUGUUGGGAGGGGAGAGUUAUUGUUGAUGGGAGUGUGAUUAUUUUUCUGGAAGGGUUCAGGGAGGUUAUGACUGAGGAGAGAGGCAUUGAAGUGGGAGAGGACCACAUUCACCAAGGGAGCAACAAGGAUUGGAGACAGUGGGAGAGUGCACCCUUAUCUGUUGUAUUCUGCUGAUCUCGUACAAUGGUGGAUAUAACGGCAGCUGAUGGAUAUGAACUUGUAGAGCAAGUAAGCAAGGAAGAAGUCCAAUUCCUCAUUACUGUUUGUGUAUCAAAACAGCUAUCAGAGUCACAACUGGCAACCUACGUAAUAGUGAUAAAGUGUAGUUCUGAUGAAUUUGUGAUAAGCCCUGUUCAGCAUCAAAAUAUUUAAGAAGCACAUGGAUCUUUGAUGUUUGAAAUGAAGAUGUUUAUUGUAGAAUUUUCUCCUCUUCUUCCCUGAGAUCUCUGAGUAAACGCUGUUCUUUCUCCGUGAGAAUCUGAUGCAUUUUAGUGAACUCGGAUGUGAUGUGGGUCUGCAGACUGCUUGACUGUUCCUAUCAAAUGAAAUGUGAAACAUAAUUAACGUCCCGCGGUAAAGGGAACAAAACUAACCAAGAUCACAGUAAAUCAGUACAGGGAGACCUUACUCUAACUUCGGAAAUCAAUUGCUUCUGUCGCUGCUUGGUGUCAAGCGCCGAGGCCCAUCUCUGUGUGGCUGAAUUUAAGGAUAUUUUCAGUUCUUCCUAGAAUUUAAACAAUCAAAUGAAUCAGAUGUUGGCACACAUGGACAAUGGGAUAAAGAAUUCUUCACUCAGAGAAUUAUUCAACCAGAGGAUCCUUUGCCACAAUGGGCGUCUGAGGUCAAUACACACUGAAGAAUGACAACUGGGUGAAGUUUGAAACGCAUGAAGACAACAGGGCUAUUGAGAGGCGGCUGUGAGAAUAGAUUCAGCCUUCUCCAGUGACGAGUGGAUACGCACAGACACAUGCAGUCAGCAGAAUGGCCUCUCUGUGCACAGCUCCGUGGGAGGUUCAAACUACUUGACGCUUCUUUCAUUAACGUAACAAAUGUAAAUAUAAUUUUGACAGGUCAAGAAGCUGUGAUGUUUCACCCUCGAGCAAUGAGGGAAGAUUUAACAAAGGAGUUCAACGUUUUGAAGGCUUUUGAUACAGUUAACAAGGAGAAUCACGUUCCUUUCAUUUGACCAGCACUAAACAGAAAGAUACCUGAUUUAAGGCAAUUCUCAAAGAGCCAAUGCUAUUACUUCUGAUACCGCCACUGGGAACUGCGGAUGCAGAGUUGAGAGUUGUGGACGCAGAAGGAGUGGAUGUACAGUGAAGCAGGAACCGCUGGCGCCGAAUAUGGCUUCGGGCCAUACCACCCUGAGGUUGGAAGAUGAGCUGAACUGCCCCCUUUGCCUUCAGCUCUUAUCGGAUCCGGUUAUAUUGGACUGCGGCCACGAUUUCUGCCGGCAGUGCAUCAUGAAGCACUGGGACAAUGCGAGCCAAGCGGCCUGCCCGGAAUGCGGGCAGGUCUUCCAGGACAGGGCCUUGAAGUCCAAUCGCGCGCUGGGGAAGCUGGUCAAAAAGAGUCGGAACCACUCGCUGAAUCUGGAACUGAGGGGUAACAAACCCUACUGCAUCGAACACGAGGAGGAGCUGAAGCUGUUUUGUGAAACUGACAAGAAAUUGAUCUGUGUGAUGUGCCUGGAUAGGAGAGACGGACGGAGCCACAAAGCCCACAACUUCAUGUUGAUCAACGAAGCGGUUGAGAUUUACAAGGAGAAAAUGAAGGUGAGCCUGAAUACCCUGAAACAGAAGAAGUCCUAUUACCAAGAGUUCGAAUUUAAACAACAGGAAAAGAUCACAGAGAUCAAGGACCAAUCGAAUAAGCUGCAGUCCCAUAUCACAACCGAGUUUUCUAAAAUGCGCAGCGUCCUGGACGAAAAGCAGCAGAAUUUGUUCAUUGACCUCACGGCGCAGGAAGGCGACGUCUUAAGCAGGAUGGAGACAAACCUUCGGAAAAUCCAAGACAAUUUAAACCGCACUCAGCAAAUGCUAUCAAACGUGCAGAAACGAUUAGAAUAUCAAGACGUCUACACCAUGCUGAAGGAACCUCCGCUGGACGAGAAGAGUGCUGAAGACGAUUAUCAGCCUACCAUAGCAGAAGGCAAUCUGCCUAUCGGGAUAUUCCAAGGUCCAGUCCAGUAUAGAGUUUGGAAACAAGUAAUUGACGUAAUAAGCCCUGAUUAUAAAUAUGCAGGCUGCUCUGAACCAGCCAGUAGCCCUACUUCCCGAACUGAUGCGAGCGAAGACACGCCAAGGAAACGCUCCUUUAAAAAUAGCACCGAAGAGAAUAAAAGAAAAUUUCCAACCUAUCUGACUCUGAAUGCGAACACUGCUCACCCCCGACUCCUCCUGUCCGAAGACCUGACCGUCGUGACCUAUGGAGACGUGAAGCAGGAGGUCAAGGACAACCCAGAGAGGUUCGACACCUGCGUCUGUGUCCUGGGCUCCGAGGCGUUCACCUCCGGGAAGCACUACUGGGAGGUCCAAGUGGGCUCCAAAACUGAGUGGGAUUUGGGCGUGGUCAAGGAGUCCAUCAGCCGGAAGGGCCACACCACAGCGACACCGGAAUCCGGCUACUGGAUUGUGUGGCUGAGAAAUGGGAACGAGUACAAGGCGACCACCGUGCCUCGAACGCGCUUGAACGUGCCUAAGAAGCCUAGAGCCAUCGGGGUGUACCUGGACUAUGAGGGCGGGCAGGUAUCGUUUUACAACGUGGACAACAUGUCCCAUCUCUACACUUUCAUUGACACUUUCAGCGAGAGACUCUUCCCUUACUUCAGUCCCGGUAUCAAUGACGACGGAGAAAACGCAGAACCCCUCAGAAUCCUCCCAGUCAGGUGUCACGAGGAAGUACUAACUGAGCAGCUGUCUUUCUCCACCAUCCUCUUUUUCUUAUGUUUGCACCAGCGCAUCAAUCUUCAUGAAAAUGUAAGUUCCCACAACGAGAAAAACACUGUUAAAGAUACUCGGGGACACAAGACAAAUUAUACCAAUGUGAAAAAAGAAUUAAGAACUUGGGCUAAACGUUUGACCCAAGCUGUUAAGUUCACAGCUGUGCUGUUGGUGAGGCUUCAGAUCUGUCUACCUCAAUACCUCAGGCCCACUGAAGUCAUCAAGCUCUUUGCAGAGGUGCAGGCAGUUCACGAAGAGAUUCAUCCCACUACUUUUACAUGCACAUUCUCUUUCAUUCAAGCUACCUUGGCAUGUCACAAAGAGUUGAAACAUCAACAUGAAGUUGUGGGAUUUGUGGCUCCGACCGUCCCUCCUAUCGAGACACAUCACACAGAUCAAUUUCUUGUCAGUUUCACAAAAGAGCUUCAGUUCCUCCUGGUGCUCAUCGCAGAACGGGUGGAAGGCUUUGCUGGAAUCCACAUGCUUUAUGUUCAAGCUUCGAAUUUUGUUGGACAGGACUCCCAGAGCACGAAAUCGUGGCCGCAUUCUAGCAUAACCGGAUCGAUGAAGAUGUCGAGGCAAAUGGGGCAAUUCAGCUCAUCGCCCAAGCUUAGGCUUGAAGAUUUGGAAGCCAUGGCCGGCUUCACUUCUUCCUGCCUCAAACUGCAUUCACCUUCACUUUUUGUUGUUCGCUUGUGUCGCCCGCCGCUCUCCGCGGCGGUAUCAGAAGUAAUAAAGCGCCUGGCCAAGGAGAUUGAAGCUUUCAGUGAGAUUACCAGAGGAAGAGCUGCACCUGAUCUCGCGAUUUCUGAGGUGGCAUCCGCGUCCGUCGCUAUUGAUGGCUUUCAGAAGGUGCUGAAUGCCCUCCCCUGCCUUGCUCGGUGUGCACAUUAUGUGCAACUCAGCAUGGUCGACGUCAUCUCCCAGGGCUGGCUGCGAACGCCUGAGGAGCUGGGAGUGGAGCUCUCCCGAAGUUUGGGAGCUGAAUUCGAGUGCCCCAUUUGCGGGAAAAUCGUUACGGACGCGGUACCGCUGCAGUGCGGUCAUACCUUCUGCCGCGACUGCGCCCCGCCGCCCCGCCAAAGUGACGGGCUCUCUUUCUGCCCCAAAUGUAAGCGAAGGAAGCAGCAGGUCUACGAACCUUUGGAAGCCACCGAUCCCCAAGAGAAUAGGAAAGGGAAAAAAGGAAGCCGCCCCUUUUGCGAGGAACACCAGGAGGAGGUGAAGUUGUUUUGCGAGACAGAGCGGAAAUUGAUCUGUGUGAAUUGCCUGGAUAGGAGGGAUGAGAAGAGCCACACGGCUCAUAAUUUUAUGCUGCUAAACGAAGCUGUCGACAUGUACAAGGAAAAAAUCAACACAAUCUUAUUCUCCCUGAAGCAGAGGAAAACCUCGUAUCAAGAUUUUGAACUUAAACAACAAGAGAGCAUCUCUGAAAUCAAGGAACAGUCAAAUAAAUUGCAGAUCCUCAUAGACUCUGAAUUUUCGAAGUUGCGCAUCCUAUUGGACGAAAAGGAGCGGAACCUGGUCAAAGAACUAAAUGCGGAAAAGGAUGAUAUUUUGGGCAGAAUGGAAACCAAUCUCCGUGAAAUCCAAGGCAUUUCGCAAAACGCUCAGCAAAAGCUAUCGAAUAUCGAGAGGCAAUUGAGCAUGGAUGACGGAGUCACUUUACUCAUGUGCCUUGGUCUUCUGCAUUGCGUAUUAGUGCUCAAUCUUAUCAAAUGGUUGAACCGGCUUGACGGGUUGAAUGGUCCGCUCAUGCUAUUCCUAUCUUUGCACAAUCUGGAGGAGGAUGCGCCCGAGGAGCAGAGGUAUGGCGUCUUUCCAAAAGCUAUGUCAUCUGGCAAUAAUGAGUAUAAGGGUAAAUGUCCAAUGGGCUCAGGAAGACUCCAAUUGGAAGGAUGCCAAGACUUCGGAGAGGAUAAAAAGAAGGCUCACCAGGAUGAUAUCAGAGACGGGGUGGAGCAGGUGGAACAAGAGGCGAAGGAACUGAGGGAAUGGGUUGGAACCCUUACAAGGAGCGGGAUCAAAAAGCGCUCGGUGUUUGACGUGCCCAUGGCUUCCGUGCAACAGGCAGAGAGUUUGACCGAGGAGGCAAUUUGCCCCGUUUGCCUUGAUUUCUUCGCCGAUCCGGUAAUACUGGAUUGUGGACACAACUUCUGCCGCUCCUGUAUCACCCAGUCUUGGGAAAAGAAGGAGAUAAACUCCUGCCCAGUGUGUAGAGAGGAGUUUCCGGAAAGAAACCUCAGGGUAAAUCGAGCCUUAGCGAAUCUGGCCGAGAAAGCUCGAAAAUUAAAGCUGGAUCCGAAAGAGAAGGAAAGUAAACUUCACUGUGAGAAACAUCAGGAAGAACUGAAGCUGUUUUGUGAAACUGACAAGAAAUUGAUCUGUGUGAUUUGUAGAGAUUCGCGGGAACACAGAGAGCACCGCUUCCUGCCGAUUGCAGAAGCUGUUGAAAUUUACAAGGCCCAGGUGAAAUCUUCCUUAGAUUCUCUCACAGAGAAGAAAUCGGCGGUUCUAGAAACGGAACAAAAACAGAAACGGAAAAUUUCCGAAGUUAUGGAACAGUCGAGCAGUUUGCAGACCCACAUCACAUCCGAGUUCACUAAAAUGCACCAGAUUCUCACUGAGAAAGAACAGCGUUUACUCAGAGAUCUCAGGGAAGAAUCGGAGAGGAUUCUAGAAACAAUGGAGAAAAGCCUUCAAGAGAUUGAGGAGAAUUUAAAUUCUAUUGAGGAGAGCGUCUCAAAGCUGCGCAAACAGAUGGAGCAAAAAGACCAGUUGACAUUUCUGAAGGAGGAAGCUCGUCAGAAGAGAAGGGUGAGUGGGGACGAUCAGCUAUUGUCAAUAGCAGAUGCCACCCUGUCCAUAGGAAAAUUCAAAGGCCCUUUACAGUACAGAAUGUGGAGAGAAAUGAUAGACGCCAUUAAUCCUGCUCCAGCCUCUCUGACUCUGGACCCGAACACAGCGAAUCCCUGGCUCCUCCUGUCUGAGGACCGGACCAGUGUGAGUCUCGGAGACAAAACGCAGCGGCUCCCUGACACCCCGGAGAGGUUUGAUUACUGGUUCUGCGUCCUGGGAUCGGAGGGAUUCACAUCAGGGAGACAUUACUGGGAGGUGAAGGUUGGGGAGAAGACUCAAUGGGAGCUCGGAGUGACGCUGGAGUCCGCCGACAGGAAAUUGAUGUUGGCCCCGAACCCCGAGAGCGGGUAUUGGCCCGUGUGGCUGGAACCCGAAAAAGGUUACUUUGCUGCUAACUCCCAUUCGAAAACGCCUCUCACUCCGACCGAGAAUCCCCGGAAGAUCGGGGUUUUCCUGGACUAUGAGGGUGGACAGGUGUCAUUUUACAAUGCGGACAACAUGUCCCAUCUCCACACUUUCACCCACUCUUUCACUGAGAGAAUCUUCCCCUUUUUCGAUCCGGGACUGAACGAGGACGGGUCAAACUCUGCGCCGCUGACGAUCUGCGGGGCUAAAGUUGGUGACUGGGAUCUUGAUGGCCAGAAAAUGAUGAUACAGUCAGGGAAUGGAUUCAGGCUUGUCUGCAUUAGCUACCUCUGUAACUCUUGCCAAUUCUCCUGCAUCAAAAGCCAUGCUAAGCUUUGUUUCCAUGCUUCAUCAGGCUUAAUGACUUGAGUUUGGACAUCGCAUGAUCAUGGUAUGGAAAUGUUGCACCAUGGAGGAUGUAAGGCUCCCAGCGGGUUUUCUCCAACUGGGCGCAACAACUAUUGCAGGCCGUUGGAGGCAGCAGUUCAUCUGAAGUUUUAUUAGUUAUUUUGAUGGAGGGUUGAAGAUGGGAUGCCAAUCAGGAAAACACUGGAACUGUGGAGACUGGGGUUGAAAACAUCAUACAGGAGCUUUUCAGCAUCAGAUGGAAAAAAUUUGUAUUGAAGAUAACGAGAUUUUUACGCACUCAAAUUCCAUUCAUUUAGACACAUGUAUUAGGGAUUGCAGUAGGCAACAUUUGCUCAGAAGGGCAGUUCGAGGUUUAAUUGGUCAGCAAGGUUGCAAACUGUCUAGAAAAGUCUAAGACAGUGGAUGAGGAGAGGUUGAAAUUUUGGUAAAGGUCAAACGUUUGUAACAGGUUCCGAAUCUCAUUAGAACAGUGAUUACGUUUCAAAAUAUUUCAUUGGCUAUAAAAAGCUUUGUGGCAUUUUGUGUUGGUGAAAUGUCUAAAUAUAAGUCCUUUCUUUUA